AUGGACGUUAACAGCAGCGGUCCUCCGGACCUGCUCGGGCACUUUAAGUCCCUUCUUCUACCGAAGGCGGGAAAUGAACUGAUCCCCGACGGCGGUAACGUUCCCGAACAAUCCUCCGCCUCCUGGUCGCCUAACCUGGUGAACAGGGCCACUGAUGGGGCGCCCACUCCGGCUUCCACCUGGGAUGCCUUGGCGGACAAUGCCUCCGGCUGCGGGGAGCAGAUCAACUACGGCCGAACCGAGAAAGUUUUGAUCGGCUCCAUCCUGGCGCUGAUCACCCUGCUGACGAUCGUGGGCAACUGCCUGGUGGUCAUCUCGGUCUGUUUCGUCAAGAAGCUCCGCCAGCCCUCCAACUACCUUAUCGUGUCUCUAGCUCUGGCCGACCUGUCGGUAGCCGUGGCCGUCAUGCCGUUCGUUAGUGUCACCGACCUCAUCGGGGGGAAAUGGAUCUUCGGCCACUUCUUCUGCAAUGUCUUCAUCGCCAUGGACGUCAUGUGCUGCACGGCCUCGAUCAUGACCCUGUGCGUGAUCAGCAUCGACAGGUACCUCGGCAUCACCAGGCCCCUCACUUACCCGGUGAGGCAGAGUGGACGGUGCAUGGCCAAGAUGGUGCUGGCCGUCUGGCUGCUUUCGGCCUCCAUCACUCUGCCGCCGCUCUUCGGCUGGGCCCAGAACGUGAACGACAACAAAGUGUGCUUGAUCAGCCAGGACUUCGGCUACACCAUUUACUCUACCGCCGUGGCGUUCUACAUCCCCAUGUCGGUCAUGCUCUUCAUGUAUUACCAGAUCUACAAGGCGGCUAAGAAGAGCGCCGCCCGCCACCGGUUCCCAGGCUUCCCGCCGCGCGCGCUGGAGCCGGUGCUCGCCGUGCACCCGGGCGGCAGCGUGGUGCGCACGCACAGGGAGGCGGAGGACUGCGCCCACAUCACGCGCCUGCUGCGCCAGGAGCGGAGGAACAUCUCCAUCUUCAAGCGCGAGCAGAAGGCCGCCACCACGCUGGGCAUCAUCGUGGGUGCUUUCACCGUCUGCUGGCUGCCCUUCUUCCUCCUGUCCACCGCCCGGCCCUUCAUCUGCGGCACCGCCUGCAGCUGCAUCCCACUGUGGGUGGAGAGGACUUUCCUGUGGCUGGGUUACGCGAACUCCCUGAUUAACCCGUUCAUCUACGCCUUCUUCAACCGCGACCUGAGGACCACCUACCGCAACUUGCUGAGGUGUAGAUACCGCAACAUCAACCGCAAGCUGUCGGCAGCUGGCAUGCAUGAGGCCCUCCGGCUUGCAGAAAGGCCCGAGCGCUCCGAGUUUCUGCUGUAA